CGGGCCGUGGAGCCGAUGAUUAGCUGGCUGUGGCCUGUUAGCAGGCCGCUGGGGUUUAGCUAAGCGCGGGGACAGACAUGCGAAUAUCCGACAAGCUCCAAAAUAAGGGAACGGUGCUUCACGUGAGCUAAACCCCAACAGACCUCCACGUUCUUUAACCAAUUCAUCCUCCGGAGCAGUGAAGUGUCUUCAUGGCAGUUCGUCGAGGACACAUUAAAUACUUGAAAGCUGACCUGCAGGAGGUGUAUGACAUGUCGAACGGAUAUGAAGACCACAUGGGAGGGGACGAGGGGAAGGACGCCAAAACCAACUUGAUAGUGAACUACCUGCCUCAGAGUAUGACGCAGGAUGAGCUGCGGAGCCUCUUCAGCAGCAUCGGAGAGGUGGAGUCCGCCAAGCUGAUCCGAGACAAAGUCGCAGGCCACAGUUUAGGGUACGGAUUUGUUAACUAUCUUAACCCUAGUGAUGCAGACAGAGCUAUCAGUACACUGAAUGGACUAAGGCUACAGUCCAAAACUAUCAAGGUUUCAUACGCACGGCCCAGCUCUGAUACAAUAAAAGAUGCCAACCUGUAUAUCAGCGGCCUGCCAAAGGCCAUGACCCAGAAGGAUGUAGAGGACAUGUUCUCGAGGUUCGGUCACAUCAUUAACUCACGCGUACUUGUUGAUCAGGCCUCAGGUACGACAGCUGCUCUCUCAUACCCAGGUUCAUCCCGCGGGGUGGCCUUUAUCCGCUUUGACAAGCGGGCAGAGGCAGAGGAAGCAGUCAAAACCCUAAAUGGCCAAAAGCCACCUGGAGCUUCUGAGCCAAUCACGGUGAAAUUUGCUGCCAACCCGAACCAGGUGAAGAACACGCAGCUCAUCUCUCAGCUCUACCACAACCAGUCCCGACGCUUCGGGGGGCCCUUACACCACCAGGCACAGAGGUUUAGGUUCUCCCCCAUGGGUGUAGACCACAUGAGCGGCAUGGGGAGCGUCAGUGUCCCCGGCAACUCCACCUCCGGCUGGUGCAUCUUCAUCUACAACCUGGGCCAGGAUGCAGACGAGAGCAUCCUGUGGCAGAUGUUCGGCCCCUUCGGCGCAGUCACCAACGUCAAGGUGAUCCGAGACUUCAACACCAACAAGUGCAAGGGCUUUGGCUUCGUCACCAUGACGAACUACGAAGAGGCGGCAAUGGCCAUCGCCAGCCUGAACGGCUACCGGCUCGGAGACAAGAUACUGCAAGUGUCCUUCAAGACCAGCAAGGGCCACAAGUAGAGAGAGAGCGGGACAAUCAGGUGUGGAGGAGAGAAGGAAGUGACCUGUGCUUGGCUUUUGUUGCAGAGAGCAGAAUUGUGAGGUUGAAAAAGUCUGGCACAUUUGUUUUGGUUUUAGUUUCUAAAGAGUUCGAUGAGAGUUCACUCACUCUUCUGCACCUUUUGUUACUCGUCUAAAAGAGGGGUUUUUGUUUUUCAUCUUUUUACUCAUGCUUGGGGCUUAAAAAGAGUAAGUAGUUUCAUUUUUUAGACCGGAGAUGGAGAGUAAGAAAUCUCAUGAUACCCCCAAGUAAAUUUUUGAAAUUGAUUUCAAAACUAAAAUACUGUCCAUGUGUGUUGCAUGUUUAAAUGUUGGGGACUAGAUUAAGGAGGCAAAUGGUUUUAAUGGUGCACUGAAAAUAUGAAACGCAAGGAAAACCCUGCACAUCGUUCUGGAUAUUUUACUGUAAAGCAGGUAAAGAACAGUUCUUUGCCUGAACUUUGGGCGGUUUCAUUUGGAGAAAACAGUGCUCUGUUCUGGAUCCUCAUCAUCAGUAGAAAUAGAUGCCUUAAUUUAUCAUCCAGUGGACACGUAAACUUGCAAUACCACUCACUGUCUUUAGUCUAUCUAAGAGCGAAGCACUUUUCCUUAAUCUGUCUUAGGUAACUUUGAAUAUCAGAUUUUUAUGUUGAUUUGCCCUCUCAGUGGGUCAUCAGUUUUAAACAUGACAAUUUCUGGGGAGAAACAUUUUGUUUAGUUAUCCUUGUGUUAAGUGUCUCUUAUUUUAAGUUGUGUUUCAGGAGGGUCCUGUUGAAUAUGAGCUCCAGUCAAAGAGUAGGGAAUUAAGAUGGACCAAAGGCAGGCAGGCCGGCAGGCAGUCAGGCAGGCAGGCAGGGAGGGAUUUGACCCAAAAGAGGAGAUUUGUCACACAGUAAAUUUAAACCUUUUUGGACUUAAAUUUUGUGAUUUUUGUUGACGAGGUACUAAGUCUAUAUUUAAUCCUCACUUAGAGCUACAUCUCUGGUUUAGUUUGUCUUCUGUUGUUUAUUUUUUUCUUUAAUUUUACUUCAUUUCUUUUAUUUGAUUUUUUCUCUUCUUGAAGGCAUAGAUUUUUAUUUGUCUCAAUAUUCAUCACAAACUUGUUUUAAGGAGUGCUGAGCUCAAGUUCUGUGAGAAAUUAAUGGCCUUUGUUAACAAUUUCAGUUUCUAUUUUCUUUCUUUUGUUUUGCUUGUUUCACUUUGAGCAUAAAACCAUUAAAUUUUAUUUGUUUUUGCUGACCGUUUUGUUUGGUUUGUUUCUUUUCUUUUUCUUUUGGAAUAACGUUUCCUACAAGCAGAAUCCUCAGUGCCGUUAAAGAGAUCUCGUCGAAGCAAAAACAGGCUGUUUCAUUUUUAUGUUUCCAGAGGAAGCUUUUAAACAUUUGAGACUUACUUACAUUUUUAAAAGAUUCUCAAUGUUUGGACCAAUUUUAGUUGAGCUUAAGUUAUUAUAUUAACGUCCAGCACAGACACCAAAAGGAGAGCAUCGGUCCGACAGACAUUUCAUGAAGAGACUUUUCUGAGGUACAACCACUAAUGAGUAACCUAAUAGCAAGUUCAAGCUGUACAGUGUGUUUCCACUUUUGGUACUGUCGCCGUCUCAUCAGUUGUAACUUGAAUAUAAGGCUUAUUUAUUGACAUCUAGAUAAGAAUAUAUGCUUUUGAAAUUCCUACUAUUUGGAGGAGACAACAGACUUUAGAUAAAAUGUGAUUUGUCUGCUUGAGCAGUUUUGUAAAGUAAAGCUAGAUUAAUUGUG